AUGUUUGAGCCAGUGUAGUUGAGUAAGAACAUUAUUAUCUAGAAUCUUGACUCUGAAAAUUACUAAGAGUUUGCUGAUCUUGUAGCUGAAGAAUACCAUUUAAAUGAGCCACUUUCACUUAUUCUUGGGACAAGUUCAAAAGCAAGAUGCAGAAUUACUGGAAUACUAAUUGGAGGUUUAGUUGGCGAAGAUUACCAAGCUGAAUAUGAAUUAAAGAAAGAUAAGGCUUUGGAAAUUUAUUUUUGA